AUGGCAUCGACUAGUUUAUGUGAUCCUUGUUCCGAAGCUGACAAGUCUUCAACAGCAACAAAGUAUUGCUCUGACUGUGAAGAAAGACUUUGUACAGACUGUGAUGAAUCACAUUGCAGAUUCAAAGCCUUCAAAUCUCACCAUGUUAUCGACCUGUCGUCCAUCGGAUCCAAUAAAUGUAUGCCUGCGAUGAAAAACUGCAAUGUCCAUUCAGAGAUGCUUUUGGAUUAUUACUGCACAGACCAUGAGAUCGUAUGCUGUAGAGCCUGCAUAUCUAAUGAACACAGGCUUUGUCAGAACGUUCUCCCAUUGGAACUGGCCUCGAAGGAUGUAAAAAAGUCUGCACUGUUUAACGAUGUUAUGGAAGACAUGACGCAUCUUAUUACAACAUUGAAUGCUUUAGACAAUAACAGACAGUCAAACUUUCAAUCAAUGGAGGAAUCCAAAUCAACAAUAACAAAGAAGAUCCGAGCAGUGAAAUCCAAAUUUUUGAAACAAAUUGACGAUUUGGAGCGUGAAUUAACGACCACUUUGUCAUCUCUCCAACGAAAACAUGAAAUGGAAAUCAACAAACAAAAGCAAGAAAUAUCGCAAGUCUUGGUCAAUGUUAUAGAAAAUAAAAACGAGAUGGAUUUUUUGAGAGAUCAUGGAUCUAAGAAUCAGCUCUUCAUAUUCCUUCGCCAACAAGUAACAAAUAUUCAUAGCGCCGAGGCCAAGAUUCAGCAGAUAGUAUCCGAUUCACAAGAAUUCAAUAUAACCUUUGACGAAAAGAAAGAUGUUAAGCUUGAGUCUCUCGGGUCACUGUCAGAGUAUGUCCAACCAUGUCAAGUUCAAUACAAACCAAAAAAAUUUCAACAAGCCCAGAUAAAGGCGGAACCAAUGAAAAAUAUUCUAGGGUUUGAGAAGGAUACAGUAUUAAAACUUAAUACUAAUGUGGUAAAACGUCUUAUUUGUGUGUCAGUGACAGAUAAUAAUAAGCUGUUCAUUACUAAUGCAGUACCAUCCAAUAACAAAAUCUAUGUUUACAGAGACUGUGAAGAUUAUGAGACAGAGAUAGCAUUUUCCUCCACACCUUAUUGUGUCGCUUUGAUACCUGGUACGGACAGAGCUGUUAUUACCCUACCUAACGAGAAUUCUAUACAAUUUAUAAACACUACAAAGAUGACAAAGGACAACAAAGUAAAUGUUGGAUUUACAUGUUAUGGUAUUACUGCUGGACGUGACAGAAUUAUCGUUGGCGGUUAUGAUGGUAUUAUCAAAAUAUUAAACACCAAUGGGGCAAUUCUAAAGGCAACCCAGCAUGGAUCUUAUUGUAUUUGCUUCAUAGCAUACGAUGGUAUUCAUGAUCAUUUGAUUGUUAGAUGUUAUGGUAAACUCCUUUGUAUCAAGUUAGAUGGAACACUAGUAUACAGUAAGGACGUUUCAGGGGUAGCAGGUUUAACACUUGAUCGACAGAGGAACAUUUAUUUUGGUGGUUUUUCAACUCACAAUAUACAAAGAAUAUCAUCAGAUGGAGACAACUGUGAAGAAAUGCUGAACAAAGACAAUGACAUUGACCAUCCAUUGGGAAUGUGUUUUAACAAUGACUUCACAAAACUCUUUGUUAUUAAUAACGAUGGUAAAUCUGUUUGUGUAUACAAAUGCAAGUAA